UCCCAAGUAUUUUAUCAUGAUUAAUGAAAUCUGACCACUACACCCCAUCUAUAGGUAUGUCGUCUAGGCAUGUUUUAGGUUCCACAUAAAUUGGCAUCGAAAAGGCAAAACAAGGUCCGUGAUGUUGUACGUGUGAUGAGGAGAGUUGGCUGUAAUUCCAGAAAUGUAUUGUGUAGUUCUUAAAACCCACCCGAACAAAAACAAGUAAUAAAAAACAUGCUAUUCUCAAUUCAUUGAAAUAGUUUUACAAUAAACAUGGUGAUUACAAUGGAUACUUUUUGCACCGCUGACAUGAGAAUUUUAUGCUAAUGGUAACAUCGGAACUACAUUUCCCAGAGGGUACUACAAUCUUAUUGACUGUUUUGAGAGGAGAGGAGGCUGCUUUCAACUCUCCUCAUUUAUAGCCAGCAGGAACACAUCGUUGGGGAUUUUUAUUUAUUUAUGUUUGUAUCGUCUUUAGCUGGUCCAUAACGAUUUGUUGUAUAACUAUCAGUUUCAAAGUAACAUUUAAAAAAUAUAUAUUCAUUGUCACUGGACCAAUAGCUAACAGCUUGUGCUAACUAGCUUGCUUCACGGCUUAGCUAGGUCGGCGAGCCUAGUUAGUUACUAAAAUACCAACACAUUGUUUUUAGUAUGAGGUUUUUUUUACGAGUUAUUUGAUACUGAUAACUAGCUAGAUAACAGAUAUUGCGCGAUUUCAAAACAAAUCAAUCUACUUGAAUCAAAAGAGAGGUUAACUAACUAGCCAUUGUGCGCAUCGAGGAAAUCGCAACAAAGAAAACGUUUUUAGUUUUGCUGGAUCAGCUGGCUCGCUAGGUUGCUAGCUGUGUUGUAAACGACGACGUUCUCCGCCAAACGUUAGCCAACUAGUUAAUAUUGCUAUCUUGCCAUGGCGCAACAUGGUCCUGUUCACGUAGCAAGCUCACAAAAAGCAUUAAUGCUAGAAAUGAAGAGCCUUCAAGAGGAGCCAGUCGAAGGCUUCAAAAUAACAUUGGUCGAUGAAGCAGAUCUCUACAAUUGGGAAGUGGCAAUUUUUGGACCUCCUAACACUCACUAUGAAGGGGGCUAUUUCAAGGCUCGUAUCAAGUUCCCCGUUGACUACCCCUACUCGCCACCUGCCUUCCGUUUCCUCACCAAGAUGUGGCACCCCAACAUCUAUGAGAAUGGGGACGUAUGUAUAUCCAUUCUGCACCCUCCAGUUGAUGACCCUCAGAGUGGGGAGCUGCCCUCUGAGAGGUGGAACCCUACCCAGAACGUCAGGUACACGCCCUCUCAGACCAUCCUUCUGAGUGUCAUCUCUCUGCUGAACGAGCCCAACACCUCCUCGCCUGCCAACGUGGACGCCUCUGUCAUGUACCGCAAGUGGAGGGACAGCAAGGACAGAGAGUACAGCGAGAUAAUCAGGAAGCAGGUAUUGGCCACUAAGGCUGAAGCGGAGCGCGACGGGGUGAAGGUCCCCACAACACUGGCCGAAUACUGUGUCCGCACACGCGCCCCACCCCCCGACGAGGGCUCCGACCUCUUCUACGACGAUUACUAUGACGACGAGGAUCUGGAGGACGAAGACGAGGACGACUGCUGCUAUGAUGAAGACGACUCUGGGACAGAGGAGUCGUGACACGUCCUACCUGGGAACCUGGAUGGCUGACGCGUGCGUUCCCUGAACUCUCCUCCCGUAGGAGAGACUUUUCAGGAAGGACUACUUCACAUAUUUUAAACCUCUCACUUUUUCUAUCCUCAGAAUCCAAGCACACUGUCAUCUGUGCAAAGUCUGCACCUGUUAUUUGCAGGAAGUAUCGACUAAAAUGAAACUAAACUCGACAUGCUACCUUAUGACCCUGUUUGACUAUCUGGGAAAACCAGGUGUAACCACUUGGUAAAUCAGGCACAUGAGUUGGCCGCCUCCUAGUUCACUCACACCUAGAGUCAGAAAGUGUUUUGCCUGAACAGGCGACUGAAGGCUUCACCUGUCAUGGUGUCUAUGUGAGCGACACGCCACUGAACUUACAGCAGAACUUGUGUAUCUCCAAGAUGAGGUUCUGUCUGGCUUCACUCCUCCCUUACAUUUUUGUGCAAGGGGAAAACUGACUGUCAACAUGGUGUUUCUGCAUGUCAGACAUCUUGUACACAAUCAUACAUGCCGGAAUACUGGUUUGAUUGAAUUUAGAAAAAAAAUACUUUUGUGAUCAUGGAGACACCAAUGACUGGUGGACCCCAGGAUGCACUUGAGCUGCGGGCCAAACCCAGUUUGAAUGUUUUAGCAGCGUUUCAACAACAUUUCGCUGGCCUAGCCGUACAUGUCAGGUGUUUUUCUGUUUGAGAGUGGAGUGAGUGAUUCUAAAGCACUCAAUGUAAUGUUGUCGUGGCAACUGGUUCUCCUGCAUCUGGACAGAAUUCUCUGAGACCCAUACCUUUCUCCUCAAGGUUCUCCUCUGCAAAGGAUGAUGGAGCCAGAGACAAGUCUUUGGUGUAGCCCAGCAACUGUAU